UUCAGAAAUGGAUGCAGACUACCAGAGCUCGCAUGUGAGCGAGUUGAUAUGGUGAUCCAGGUAGCAGCAGACGCGAGUCCAUAUCAGCUGCCAUCAACUGCGCUCCCGACAUGUCAUCGAUCCAUUCUCCACAGUCCAGUGGCCUAGUUUCGUCAGCAGCUGCCGCCUUGUCUUAUCUAGUCGCCGGUAGAAUCAAACCUUAGAAGAGGCGGCUCGUCCCAAGUCUGGCCUUUCGAAGUUCAUCUUUCAAACUCCGGAGCAGCAGCAGUCUAUGUAUACGAGCCUCAUGUUGGCUUCAUGUCCUUAUCCCCAUCAUCUUGACAGUCACCAACGACAUAAUGAACUACUCUAGCGCUCCAGAAUCACUCGGAUUCGAAGACCUCCACGGUAACUCGGGCCAGGAGAUGGAGGAAGAUCCAGAAGAAAGCACCAGUGAAGAGGACGAGCAGAUGGAUGAAGAUCCAGAAGAAAUAGCCAGGAGAGAGGCCAAGGAACUCAGGGCUAGUCGUGCCAGGAAAGAGGCCAAGGAAAUCAGGGCCCGUCGUGCUUGGAUGGCGCGACGCUUCGGGGAGAUUCCCGGGGUACCUGUCGGGACCACAUGGAGGACUCGCCGAGAGUGCUAUGAUGCUGGCAUACACCGCCAGUCUUUGGCUGGUAUACAGGGCACUAAGGCAAAGGGCGCUUUCUCGAUAGUUAUUUCAUGUUACUAUGAGGACGAUGAGGAUUUUGGCGACAAGAUUAUAUACACAGGUGCAGGGGGUCGCUCCUCCAAGUCCGGUUGGCCUACCCCCCGAGGCCUGCAGGUUUGUGAUCAGGCAUGGGCGGAUCAAGGAAAUGAAGCACUUCUUAAAUCUCGUGAGACAGGCAAGCCCGUGCGUGUCGUCCGGAGCUCGAAAUUUGUUUCUGAUUUUUCGCCCGUGAAUGGCUAUCGGUAUGAUGGCUUGUACACCGUUACACAUGCGCGGAGAGAGAUGAAUAAAGACGGUCUCUAUAUAUGUCGCUAUGACAUGGAGAGAAUCCCAGGACAACCACCCUUACCCCGGCGUCGCUCAAGGGCCAGCUCUUGCAUUGAGCCACGUUCAUCUCCCGUCUCCGUAGCCACAUCAGAUACUGUCUUCUCGCCCUCACGGGAAUCGAUCUCCCGUAAGCUCAAUGACUACUCCGAAGAUGAUCCACCGAUCUAUGCCAACGCGAGACCAUACAAGGAUCGCGGCUUUCACCGAGUGUCGUAUUUGCCACCACCCUCAUCUUCACCUGCUGCGCAGUCGUCAGCGCCAGCCCCAGUGACCUUUCAAGGGCCCCCCUCAACAGGUAGGUCCCUAGUGAGGGAUGUAGAUAUGUCCCAUCACUCAGAUGAAGAUGAAGAGCAAGAGCAAGGAGACUCAGACUCAAACCUCGGCUCUGGUGAGAAAGAGAAAGAAGACCCAGACCUCGAUGACUCCCCGGGGCCGUAUGUCUCAUCCACGUCGUCCUUCGGUACGAGUCAGUCACAGCUGUAAAAUGCCCAACGCAUCCCGUUUGCUUUCAGGACCAUCAUCAUUUAAAAUAUUUGUUGGCUGAUACUGCUCUCUAUCCAAUAUGUCGUUAAACCUGUAUCCAUCGGCUCCCAUGCUUUCGCUUUGCUAACCGUAUCUUGAUUUGAUGCAUAUGUGAUAUUACAAG